AUGCCGCGAUCUUCUGGUUCUAGCAGCGAGCGAUGGCUUCAUUCAGCCACCCCAUCCUUGCCUCAGAAAAAAUCUAUUGCUUUCCUCGACCGGAUUCUUCAGGAGAAUGCAGAACUGCGUGCCCGUUUACCCCCGCCCGAGUCACCUCCCGUCAAAUCUACACCGCCCCCGUCUCAUCAUGACCCGAUGCCGAACGAUGACGAAGAUGCUGCUCAGAACCAGAUCCUAGAGGAGAGUGACUGGUUUGCUCACACCAGGAGUUCCGACACACCCAUCUGGAUUGGUGAAAUUGCUGACGCCGCGUUUGCCACUCGCUUUCGACAGUUUGCUUCCUCUUCCAAAGCGCCAAGUCAUAUCCCUCGCACUCAGUUUGCUUCUGAUGAUGCUAUCCGUGGUCUCGCGGCCACCAACCCGCCAUGGCCUUCACCCCCUUGCGCCAGACUCUUGAUCGAGACAGCACUCCAGUUUCUAAGGCACAAUUACCAUAUCGUUCGACGAAGCGAGGUGCUCGCUUUGAGCACAGGUGGUUUCGACCAUUCCGGCCAAGGGACCAGCUCAGCCUCUGCCGCCAAGAUGUGGGCGUUAUUCGCCAUCGGCGAACUCCGAUCAAGCAAAUGCCUAAAUUUGAACAACAACUUCCCCGGCUUGGCUUACUUUGCGGUUGCCAGUGACACCAUUCGUAUCAUCAACGAGAGGCCUCAACUAGAGGUUAUCGAGACUCUGCUGCUUCUGGUGAGCCCUAAGCCUUUCCCAGCCAAUCUCCUCGCUGACUCGUGCUUUUGGCUGUAUACUCCCUCGAAACGAAUCGCCGGCACUCAGCCUGCACAUUUGUGGGCUCUGCCUUGCGGCUUGCGACCAUCAUGGGGCUCCAUGUCAACAUCGGGCAUGCCUAUGUUCCAGAUCCCGACCCGAGGGAGCACCGUGUUCGAGUCUGGUGAUGAUGAUAUCUCGGUUGACAUGCCAUCGACGAACUCAACUCUCAACUUGGGAGACUUUGGUGAUCAUGUCCAUUUUAUGGCCGUGGUGCGACUUGCUAAAAUCGCAGGCAACAUCUCCAGAUCACUCUAUGUCCGUACACCUCAACGUGGGACAUUCCUUCAGCGGGUGGAAAGGAUUCGAGAGGAGCUUAGUCAGUGGAGAGACCAGCUUCCCGGACACAUGAAGCAUGAUUUUACUAGUGGGAGUGACAGUGACAUGUACUCUCAGCCUACCACGUCCCCUCUGCAACUCACAUUCAACCAGUUAUUGAUCCUAGCAACGAGACCAGUCCUGCUCUUUGUAUUCCGUCGUCACAUCGAAGGAAGCACCACGGCGACAUCCGACAGCAGUCUUCCUAGCCAUACAUUAGAGAUUGCUGAUGCUUGCAUUCACUCUGCCAGACAAUCCUACCAAUUACUGUCACAGUACUGGGUGAACGGCGACUUUCACGUCUUCAAUUACUCUUAUGUCCAACAUCUCUUCUCCGCUGCCGUCAUUCUUGCAAUAGCUGGAGCUUUAGGUCGAGAAACUUCGCAGAACGACAACGAUGAGUUCAACCUUGCAGCAGGCUUUCUUCAGCAACUGGAACAGAACGGCCAUUUCGCCGCCAUGGAGUUUUACUCUCAUAUUAAGGAGAUUCGAUCUACUUUGGAGAGAUUGCAUUCAAUUGGUGGCUCCCUACUUUCAUCCGAGAACUCUGGACCACAACCUUCAGUCCAGGCUUCCCAAUUGACGUUCAGUGACCAGACCCUAACGGUGACCAGCUCAUAUGACGACCACGGCCUUCAGUUUGUGGACGAUUUACCUCUUGAUCUAUCGUUUCUUGAUGAUUGGAUAUACGAAAAUGCCCUCCAACAAUUAUGUUGGGAGGAACAGUUGCCUAGCCAUGAUUAG